AUGGCCAUUGUGGAUGCAGAUUAUAAGUUUGUUUGUGUAGAUAUAGGUGGAUAUGGCCGUAAUAGUGACGGAGGAAUUUUUGAAGCAUCAAUUAUGGGACAACGUUUUCAAAAUAAAACAAUAAAUGUACCCGUCGACCAACCAUUACCUAAUCAACAGGAACCAACACCAUAUGUACUAUUGGGAGACGAAGCUUUUCCAUUGAAACCAUACUUAAUGAGGCCAUUUCCCUACCGUCAGUCAAGGCAAGAACAUACGAAAGAUUUGUUUAACUACAGAUUAUGCCGUGCUAGACGCGUCGUAGAAAAAGCAUUUGGGAUUUUGUCUAAAAAAUUUAGAAUUUACUCCAGACCAUUGGAAAUGAACAUAGAUACAGUAAAUACUGUUGUACUGGCUACAUGUAUUUUGCACAAUUUUUUAAGAGUUAAUACACCAGGCGAUACAAAUUAUUUUGAAUAUAUUGAACAAGAACAACAACCGGACUUGAAUGAAUUAGAGAGUUUAAUAAACGAUCCCAGAAGAGGAUCCAAUGAGGCUUUUGAAGUGAGAAAUAAAUUUAUAAACUAA